AUGGCGGGCCUUCAAACCAACAAGUUUGGCACUCUUUUUUCUCAAUCUAGCAAGAAAAGAAACUGUGAACCAACGGAAAUUGAAGAAGCAGCAGCACUUGCCCUCUUGAUGCUAUCUCAGGACAAUAGGAGUUGGCACACUGGUCCAACCACCAGGGCCGCCGCCGAACUCAUAGAAGAUGUACUAAAUCCUGCCUCCAUCGCUGUCACUACCACUACCAGGUCAUCCAGUCCGCCACGCGGCCACCACCAUUCUGCCCACUGCCAAUCCAAACGAAAUAUGGAGGGGGAUAUACAGAAUAUGAAGAAAUGGGUAGUGUUUUACCCAAUUUACAUUAAUUCGAAGAAAACAAUUGCAGAGGGUGGGAGGAUCAAUAUCAGUAAAGCAUGUGAAAACCCUACUUAUGCUGAGAUUUAUGAUUGCUGCAGCCACCUGAAACUCCCAUGCGCUAUUGAGAACAAAAUGCUGGGCAAUAUGCAAAAGAAGUGA